AUGCCUAUUGAAGCAUUUUCGUCUCCCAGGGCAGCAGUUCCAAAUGCGUUCUCGUUGAUAAACCUGUAUCCUGCAUUAACCGUAGGGUUGACUAUCUUCACUUUGUUCCUAUUUAUUAUCGAUUUACUGACUCAACACAGUUUAGGACAUAAAUUUGCCUUGUAUCCAGGAGCCAUAUUCGAAUUCGAUUUAAAUAGGUUAUCGUUUUAUUUGUUAUUCCAUACUGAUUUCUUCCACUGGCUCUUUAAUGUCAUCGCCCUUUUCCAACCAUUAGCUACUUACGAAAGAGCUCAUGGAACAAUUUAUACUGGUGUGUUGCUUAACUUAUUGACAGUCGUAGCUGGAUUGCAAUACUCGAUCUUGGGGACAUUCCUUGUUGGAAAUCAAACUAAAAUCAUCGGAUUAUCUGGAAUCGUAUUUCUGUUACUUGCGUACACUGCAUACAAAGAACAUUUCACCACACCUGUUCUUUACACAUUGAACUUUGGAAGUGGCAGAAGUGUGCAAUUGCCAACCUUGUAUUCACCAUUUGUGUUGUUGGUGGCUUGUAGUAUUUUAUUACCUAACGGGUCAUUUUUGGGACAUUUGUGUGGUAUUUCUGCAGGUUAUUUAUUGGGAAUGGACUACCUUAAAAUCUUAUUCCCACCACAUAAGGUAAUUCUAUUUAUUGACAAUAAGUGUGAUAGAGCUAUUAGGUUAUUGGACGGUGUGGUCAUCUUCGUUAGAGAAAGUGACGCAGUUAGCACCCGUAGUGUUGGAUACGUACCUAUCUUAAGCACCGAUCUUGAAUCUGCUGCAUAA